CUUAGUUAAUCCCGGUGAAUUAUAUUUAGUAAACCACUAUAGGUAAUAGAUGGUCUAAUUCUAAUACCCCAUAUCUGCAAAAAAUUCAAAUUUGGGUUUUUCGCGCUAUUCAGCGGUAAAUAUUAAUAAUGAAUUAGUAUCAUUUAUAGUUUGAACUUUGUUUAGAAUUGCUGAUGAAAGGAGACAAUACGGCUACACAUACACUUGGGAUCAACUUCAAAAUAAGUGGAAGAGCUUAUUGAGGACUUACAAAGCCAUUAAGGGCCGGUUUAUCAAUCUAAUGCUAAAGUGGCAGUUAGUUAACAGACAGAUAAGAUAUAAGUUGCUGGUAAAGUAUCAGUUAGCAUAAUUGGGUUUAUCAUUUUGUAUUUAAGGUGUUGUUAGCUAACAGACAGAAUUUGUUUUAACAACUACGAUUGGUAACACUGCUUUGUAAAUAAUAGAUCAAAUAACCCGUAGUAGUUCAGAGAACUGGUCUGUGGUUAACGUCGUAUUUGUUUUUAAUUUUAAAUUUUGUGUGUAUCGGUGUAGAGUAUUAUUUCAUUUUGUGUUGUUUGAUUUACAUUAAAAUGAGCGAGAAGAAGAAAAAGGAACGAUCUGCUAACUUUUCACCAACAGAGAUUGAUCUGUUGGUGAAACUAGUUUCACAACAUGCCAAAGUGAUUGAGUGCAAGAAAACAGACGCUGCGACGUGGAAAGAUAAAGAAAAUGAGUGGGAACAACUUGCACUUGAAUACAAUUCUGCGAAUAGCACUUGUCCGCGAAAUGUCAAGUCUUUAAAAACCAAAUAUGAAUGUUUAAAAAAGGACAUUAAAAAGAAGGUUGCGUUACAGAAACAGUCGUUAUAUCAAACUGGUGGUGGGGCCUCCAAAGAUAUCAUUUUUACCCCAACAGAGGAAAUUUUAAUUAGCAUAAUUACAUUUUCGAUUCAAGGACUUUCUUCAAGAAGCGAUUGUGAUCAAGGUAUAGUUAACUUAAAAUUUCCGCAAAGGUAUAAUUUUAAUUUUGUAGUUAUAAAUAAUGAAAAUAUUAAACACUCAGUAGUGGUAUCUGAACCGCCAGAUGUGGAGUUGGAUAUCGUUGAAGACAUUCCGAUCAUGGAUAUAGAUGUUAUAUUAGAAUCGGUAGGCUUAAAUUAUUUUUACAUACUCAUUUCCAAUAACAUAAAAUUACAGGAUACCACACUACUUCCCCCAAUGCCAUCGGUCGCUAGUACUUCACAGAAUUUUGUUGCAGUAGAGCUUCCAUCUACGUCAACUACCGAACCAACUGUAGAAACAAAUUGGGCGAAGUGGAAUCCAUCAAGCCUUCGGAAACCAGUUUCCAAAAGCUUAAAAGUUACUCCUAAGAAGAAUAAGAUGUGGGCCACAAGAAAAGAAGCAAUGGAAAAUAUCACAAAUCUUUCUGCAAGUAAAGGAGAUUUGAUCAAAUUGCAGUGUGAGUCCAUCAUACUAGAAAAUGACCAAAAGAAAAUUCUUCAAGAAAUAAAUCUGAAGAAAGCAAAGCUGGAAUUACAAUCAAUGAGAUUAGAUGUGAAAAAUAAAUUGAUUGAAAAAAAAAUUAAACUCGAACAAUUAAUGUACUUUCGAAAUAGAAAUAAAAAGUUAUAAAUUACAUUCUAUUAAAAUAAUGAAUUAAUUCAUUUCUAGUACUCUC